AUUUUCUCUUUUCCGUUGUUAGAACAGUAAAAAUAUUCUUACAUUAAUUUCUUAACAUGCCUUCUUCGUCUAUGUCAGCAAAAUAUGCUAUUUAUAAAAGCGAUAAUGAAAUUCGUGCCAAGGGUCCCAUUGGUGACGAUGCGCCUAUGCGUUUAAGAAUGGAAGCUUUUGUUAAAGACUUGCAAAAGAGAAUUUGUGAGGGCAUUGAGGAAAUGGAUGGUAAGGGAAAGUUUAUCCGUACUGAAUGGCAACGACCUGAACAUGGCGGUGAAGGUAUCACUUGUGUUAUGCCCGGAGGUGAUGUUAUGGAAAAAGCUGGUGCUGCUGUUUCUGUAGUCUAUUCAGAGCUUUCUCCUGAAGCCGUUCGUCAGAUGCGUGAAGACCGCGGUAGGGAUAUUGAUGUUGACGGUGUGGUUCCUUUCUUCGUCACUGGUAUUUCCCUCGUUAUGCACGCUAAGAACCCCAAUGCUCCUACUGUCCAUUUGAACUACCGCUACUUCGAAGUCAUGAACCCUGAUGGCACACCCAAGCUCUGGUGGUUCGGCGGUGGUGCUGAUUUGACACCUGUUUAUCUCUACGAAGAGGACGCUGUUUACUUCCAUCAGAUUUAUAAAGAAGGAUGUGACAAGAUUGAUAAGACUCUUUACCCUGAACUCAAAAAGGCAUGCGAUAAGUAUUUCUGGAAUGGUCAUCGUGGUGAAGCUCGUGGUAUUGGUGGUGUCAUUUUUGAUGACUUCAACUCCAGACCUGCUGAAGAGAUUUUCCAAUUAUGUAAGGAACUCGGUAACCGUUUCUUGCCUUCUUAUGUUCCUAUUGUCAAGAAGAGAAAUGCUAUGCCUUUCGAUGACGAAAUGGUUCGCUGGCAACAAAUCCGUCGCGGUCGUUAUGUCGAAUUCAAUUUGAUUUGGGACCGUGGUACUAAGUUUGGUCUUGCUACCCCUUGUGCUCGUGUCGAAUCUAUCAUGAUGACAAUGCCUCUCACUGCCCGUUGGGAAUACAUGCAUGAACCCGAACCUGGAUCCAGAGAAGCUGAACUCGUUGAAGUUUUGAAGAACCCCAGAGAUUGGAUCCCCCUCAAAUAAACAUACACACUUGUACUUAUAUUCUCCUCAUCCCAUCAAUCUAUUCAGAUAUAUAAUUGUUACCACCUAUGACCCCUUUCCUAGUUUUACUGUAUUACCACGUCUAUAUUGUAUAUACUUUUC